AUGAAUAAUAAUAAUAACCCUAUACAAACAUCUUUUCUUUCGUCAGAAGAAACUAUUCAGUUGGUCACUGAUGUUUUACCAUCAACUUUAAAUUUAGAAAAUAAUACUAAGAAAACAUCGAAUAUGUUAUCACAAAAAAUCUCAACUGAACAUCGUUUAAUGCGAUGGUGUGCAUUAAUUUUAACUCUCAGUACAUUGAUUAUAAUUUGGCGUUAUAUAACAAUAUUAAUUCUGUCAAUUUGGUUAUCAAGUAUAUGUCGACCAAUUCUUGAAUGGCUUGUUAAUCAUUUACCUUUAAUGAAUCGUUGUCGAGAAAAACGUUCACGUUCAGCAAUAGCUGCAUUUCUUCUUGUCUUUCUUGUUCUUGUUGUAAUCUUACCAAUUAUUUUAAUCAUAAUUGCCUUAACAGGUUCAACAAUAAAUUUCGUUGCAAGUAUUUCCAAUUCUACAACAGCUCGACAUGCUAUCAAUUUAAUUGUUCCGCCAACAAAUGAUAAUUUUACGAAAACAGGUGUAAAUCAAACAAGUGAUUAUGAUUUCGUUGGUUUUAUUCGUGGAGGAAAAAAUGCAACAUUUCAUCUAUUCGAACGUUUAUUAAUGCAACGAGAUACAAUAACUGAUGUUUUACAAUUAUUUGGUGGACAAGCAUUAUCAGUUAUAUCAACUGUUGCUGGUGUAACCGCUCAAUUUAUUAUUGGUCUUUUAAUAUUUUUGGUAUCAACUUAUUCAUUUUUAUUACAUGGAAAUGAACUUUGGACAUGGGUCCUUCAACAUAGUCCAUUGUCAAAAAAACAUAUGAAUCGAUUUUAUGAUGCUUUUCAUGAAACUGGUCGAGGUUUAUUAAUUGGCGUAUGUUUAACAUGUGCUGUUCAAGGUUUUGUUGCUGCUAUUGCUUAUUUAUGUUUACAAAUUCCACGUUGGUAUGCGCUUGGUGUACUAACUGGUCUUUGCUCGUUAAUUCCUAUUCUUGGUACAGCCAUUGUCUGGAUACCAAUAACUAUUGGACUUUUUAUUCAACAAGCCUAUGUAAAAGCAGUUAUUAUGAUAACGGUGGGAGUUUUAGCUAUCGGAUCAAUUGAUAAUUUACUUCGACCAGUUUUUUCAAAAUUAGGUUCAUUACAAAUGUCUACAUUAUUAUUAUUGCUAACAAUUUUUGGUGGAUUAGAAUUAGUUGGACCAUGGGGAGCACUUCUAGGUCCAUUAAUUGUUCGAUUAGCAACAGAAGCUAUUAUUUUGGUUCGUGAAGAUGAAGAUGAAGAAUUAAAUAGUUCAACAACACAUAUGUAA